AUCUAGUUUAUUUUAUUCUCCGACUGUGCUCUCCCAAGAAAAUCACGUCAGAGAGAGGAAACAACUUGUUUGCAAGGUUACACCUCCAAACCUCGAUUUUAGAUCUUUCCUCCUCCUCCUCAUCAUUAUCGACAGAGACAUUUCACUUUGAUUUCUUAGAUCGUCGCAUUAUUUCGCUCAAUUCUUGUCCAAAUCCUGGAGACGGAGCGUGAAAAUCGUCUCGCUGACGAUUUCUAGGGUUUCUUGUCUUCUAUUUUUCUGUCGGAGGCGUUUUAGGGCUUUGGAAGAUGCAGCAGAGGUUGAAGCAACAAGCCCUAAUGCAGCAGGCGUUGCUUCAACAGCAGCAACAGCAGCAGCAGCUCUACCAUCCCGUGCUCGCUGCCGCCGCGAUGUCUCAGAUGGAGCCGGUUCCAAGUGGAAAUCUGCCUCCUGGAUUUGAUUCAUCUUCAUGCCGCAGUGUGUAUGUGGGUAAUAUCCAUCCUAAUGUGACCGAGAGUCUUCUUGCAGAGGUUUUCCAGAGUACUGGUCCACUUGAGGGAUGCAAACUUAUCAGAAAAGAAAAGUCUUCUUUUGGGUUUGUGGACUAUCAUGAUCGAAGGUCUGCAGCACUUGCUAUAAUGACGUUGCAUGGACGACAACUCUAUGGCCAGGCAAUUAAAGUAAACUGGGCAUAUGCUAGUGGCCAGAGAGAGGAUACUUCAGGGCAUUUCAAUAUUUUUGUUGGUGAUCUAAGUCCCGAGGUCACUGAUGCAACUCUAUUUGCAUGCUUUUCAGUAUAUCCAAGUUGUUCGGAUGCAAGGGUUAUGUGGGAUAACAAAACUGGGCGAUCAAGGGGGUUUGGCUUUGUUUCUUUUCGUAACCAACAGGAUGCGCAGAGUGCUAUAAAUGACUUGACUGGGAAAUGGCUUGGGAAUAGGCAAAUAAGAUGUAAUUGGGCAACUAAAGGAGCUGGCUUUGAUGAAGACAAACAAAACAGUGAUAACCAAACAACGGUCAUACUUACAAAUGGAUCUUCAGAUGGAGGUCCAGAGAAUACCAAUGAGGAGGCACCAGAAAAUAAUCCAGCAUAUACUACUGUCUAUGUUGGCAAUCUUGCUCACGAGGUGACACAAGCGGAACUUCAUCGUCAGUUCCAUGCCCUUGGAGCUGGGGUUAUUGAAGAGGUGCGCAUCCAGAGGGAAAAGGGGUUUGGUUUUGUCAGGUACCACACUCAUGAAGAAGCAGCUUUGGCCAUUCAAAUGGCUAAUGGGAGGAUUGUAUGUGGAAAAUCCAUGAAGUGUUCGUGGGGUAGUAAGCCCACCCCUCCAGGAACUGUUUCAAAUCCACUGCCCCCUCCAGUCCCUCCCUUUCAGAUACUCCCGACUCCUGGGAUGAAUCAGGGCUAUUCUGCAGCCGAGUUGUUGGCCUACCAGCGCCAGCUUGCCAUGAGCCAGACUGCUGGAUCUGGACUCUCGGGACAGGCUCUUAUGCAAAUGGCAGGUCAGCAGGGCCUUGCUGCAGCGGCUUCAAUGGGAUUGAGCUCUGUUGGAUCCCAAACCAUGUAUGAUGGUUAUGCUAACAAUUCAUCCAGUCAGCAGCUGAUGUACUACCAUUGACAUUUUGGGUGAUAUGCUGUUAACUCUUUUUUUUUGUUAUUUUUGGGAUUUUCUGUUUGGUUGCACUGGUGUCUAGAUUUUUCAUAUUUAUUUGAUUUCUGCUUUUGACAUGUGGAUAUAUGCGACGAGAUGUUGAUUUACCUAUACUAGAAGUAUACGGUUCUGUUUCUUUUUGUUGGUUCUCUUCGCUUUGUAAUUUCUUCUUCUAUCGGAUAAUGUUAAAUAGAUUCCUUGAAAAUUACCUGAGCCA